CUAUCUCUAAAGCGUGAGUGUAUCUCCAUUCAUGUCGGCCAGGCCGGCUGCCAAAUUGGGAAUUCGUGUUGGGAGCUCUACUGCUUGGAGCACGGCAUCCAGCCGGACGGGCAGAUGCCCGACAGCGGAGUCGGUGGAGGGAGAGACAACUCCUUCAACACCUUCUUCAAUGAGACUGGAUCUGGAAAACAUAUUCCCAGAACAAUUUUUGUCGACCUGGAGCCAACAGUCAUCGAUGAAGUUCGAACUGGAACCUACCGGCAGCUCUACCACCCGGACCAGCUGAUCACGGGGAAGGAGGACGCAGCCAACAACUACGCCCGUGGUCGCUACACUACCGGACAGGAUAUCAUCGAGCUGGUUAUCAAUAGGACUCGUAAACUGGCCGACCAGUGCACGGGUCUCCAGGGUUUCUUCAUCUUCCGUUCCUUUGGAGGAGGAACCGGCUCCGGCUUCACCUCUCUGCUGAUGGAGCGUCUCUCUGAAGAGUACGGGAGAAAGUCCAAGCUGGAGUUCGCCGUCUAUCCAGCUCCUCACUUGUCCACGGCGGUUGUGGAGCCCUACAACGCCGUCCUGACCACCCACUCCACCCUGGAGCACUCCAGCUGCACCUUCCUGGUGGACAACGAGGCCAUCUAUGACAUCUGCUGCAAGAACCUGGACGUGGAGCGCCCCACCUACUCCACCCUCAACCGACUGAUAGGACAGGUGACCUCCUCCAUCACCGCCUCCCUGCGCUUCGACGGCGCCCUGAACGUGGACCUGAUCGAGUUCCAGACCAACCUGGUGCCCUACCCUCGGAUCCACUUCCCUCUGGCCACCUACGCCCCGGUCAUCUCUGCGGAGAAGGCCUUUCACGAGCAGCUCUCCGUGGCUGACAUCUCAAACGCCUGCUUCGAGCCGGCCAAUCAGAUGGUGAAAUGCGACCCCCGUCACGGCAAGUACAUGUCCUGCUGCCUCCUGUACCGUGGAGACGUGAUGCCUAAAGACGUCAACGCCGCCAUCACCGCCAUCAAGUUGAGGCGCAACGUCAAGUUUGUGGACUGGUGUCCCACCGGGUUCAAGGUGGGCAUCAACUACCAGCCGCCCACGGUGGUUCCUGGUGGAGACCUGGCCAAGGUGCAGAGGGCCGUGUGCAUGCUGAGCAACACCACCGCCAUCGCCGAGGCCUGGGGUCGCCUGAACCACAAGUUCGACCUCAUGUACGCCAAGAGGGCCUUCGUGCACUGGUACGUGGGAGAGGGAAUGGAGGAGGGAGAGUUCUCUGAGGCCAGAGAGGACAUGGCCGCCCUGGAGAAGGAUUACGAAGAGGUCGGAGCCGACACCGUUGAAGACGAAAUUGACGAAGAAGAGUAG